AUGUUUGUACUCUUUCUUCUUUUCCCAUUGGUUUCCGCAUUCGAUUAUUCAAUUAUUCUCGAAGAGAAAUCGCCAAUCAACCAGGCAAUUUAUCAUUUUCCAUAUUCGUAUGAAUUACUAACUAAUUUUCAAUCUAAUUUUAAUUUAACCAACAACAAUCGUGAUUUAAUUCUGACGAAAACCAUCGAUCGCGAUGCGUGGUGUGCACAAAAUAUCUGUUCAUGUGAUCAUUGCUCGUUUCUAUUAGAAUUAUUUUCUAAUGAUAACAAGACUGUACCAAUAUUCUCUUCGAUUAAUAUCACCAUCACCGAUCUAAACGAUCAUGCCUGUCAGUUUCUGGAUAUUCAAACAAAUAUUUCCCUUUCGGAAUCGAUUCAAAUCGGUCAUCGAUUUCCAAUCGCACGUGCGAUUGACGCGGACUCGGGCGUCAAUGGUCAAUUAUCAUUCAAACUUUUAGAAAAUGAGGAUUAUUUCGAAUUGAACAUUAUCAACUUAUCCGUCAAUGAAUACGCAAUCUAUGGGAUACUAAAACAUGCAUUAGAUCGAGAAUUGGAAGAACAAUAUGAUUUACUUAUCGAAGCUGUCGAUCAUGGAUUAAAACAAGUACGAAGUAGUCGAAUGAACGUUACCGUUUGGAUUCUAGAUGAGAAUGACAAUGCACCGAAAUUCAAUCAAACGGAAUAUUCCAUUCAGUCAUUACCAGAAGAUACACCGGUUGGAACGCAAUUACUAACCAUUUCUGCAACAGAUAUUGACAAAGGUUUGAAUAGUCUGAUUCAUUAUUCCAUUGUUCAACCUCCAGGUAUCUCAUCCUUUCCAUUUGCAAUCGAUUCAAAUACGGGAGUUGUCAGUCUUCGUUCGUCGUUGGACUAUGAAACCGUGCGUUCGUAUCGAUUUCUCAUCCGUGCCUCGGAUUCUGGUUUACCUCAAUCAUUAUAUACCGAUACUUGGUUAUCUAUCUCGAUCGCUGAUGUCAAUGAUUGCCCUGUUGAAAUCACAUUUAUUCCAAAUCGACGAUUUCAAUAUGAAAACCAAACCUUAUUUAUCUAUGAAAACACGGAAAUUAAGAAUUUAACUAUCGGUUACAUUCGACUAUUUGAUCAAGAUUCGAUUCCAACGAAACUUUCGGUUUCAUUGAUGACUUUAGAUUCGAAACUUCAACAAGAAUACGAAUUGAUUCCGUCCAGUCAAAUCAAUUCGUAUAUAUUGAUUGCAAAGAAAGGAAUAUAUGAUCGAGAGAUUCAACGAGAAGUUCAUCUUCGUUUCGUCGCAACAGAUACUUUACUAACCUCAAUUUCUGACAUAACAAUUCAUCUAUUGGAUCUAAAUGACAAUCCAAGUGAAUUUCCAUCGAAUCCAAUGAAGUUCUCCAUUGAAGAAUUAGCAAAUUACCACAUGGUUGAACAUCCAACUGAAAAUUCCCAAAUCGUUCUUGGAUAUCUCAAUGCAACUGAUCCUGACGAAGGUGAAAAUGCCAUGAACCGAUACGAACUAGAGCCGAACUCAUACGUGAAAAUCGAUUCUAAUACAGGACGAUUGACUCUUAUUCAACCCUUAGAUCGCGAACAAAUUUCUCGAAUUCAGUUAAAAGCCAAAGCGAUCAACAUUGCAGAGCCCAAGUGGGAAACUGAAGUUCAAGUUGAAAUUGAAGUUUUGGAUAUCAAUGAUAACAUCCCUCAAUGUUUAUCUCGCAUACAACAAAUAUCCGUUCGAGAAAACUCUUCGACUACGAAUUCACUUGUUCAAAUCAAUGCGACUGAUGUUGAUUUAGGCGUGAAUGGAACAAUCAAUUAUUCUAUUCGAUUAAAUUCUUCAUGGCCGUUUGAGAUCAAUUCUAAAACAGGCGAAAUCUAUUCUCGACAAAUUUUCGAUUACGAAUCAAAUUCGAAAACAUUUUUCAUUAUUGUCGAUUUGGAAGACGAAGGUUUCCCAAUCAAAAAUCAAAAUAAAAACGCUUGUCAACUGAUCGUCAACAUCGAAGAUAUCAAUGAUAAUUCUCCACAAUUAACCGACGACAGUCAGACGAGAAUAUUUCUCGAUUUACAACGAAGUCCAUUUCUCAAUGAAAUCAUUCUCUUCAAUGCAACAGAUCUCGAUUCAGGUGAUAACGGAAAAGUGAAAUAUUCCCUACUAGACAAUGAUUCUAAUUCAUUAUUUCGACUCUAUCCGAAUGGAAGUUUACACAUGACACGGCAAAUCAAUCAAGUGUCCCUAUUCAAAUUGGAAAUUCUUCUUGAAGACUAUGGUAUUCCUACACAACAAGCGAGAAUUAGUGUUAUCGUGGCAAUCGGUGAUACAAACAUACCUGCAUUUUCAACAUUUGAAAAAGUUCUUGUCAAAUAUUCGCAACCGAAGUCAAUCGGCCUGAUCUUAGGCUUGACUGUUCUUAUCAUAACACUUCUGCUAUUUCUAUGCAUAAUUGUAACUUGUAUAUUACUUCGACAACAUCGUCGACGACAUCAAGCGGCAAUUAUCGCAAGAAAAAAACUGUUAUGCUCAUCAUCGCAACAGUUAACAUCGUCAGGUUCGACGAAUACCACAUCUUCCUUUUCGGUCGAACAUCAGCAAAUCGCAAAUAUCGUUCAAAUCAAACCGAUCUAUUACAAUCGUCGAACAUCCGAUACUUAUACAAUGAAUACAUCUUCACCGGAAUCUCAAACAUAUAAGAUUCUCCAUAUUCCACAGGACAAUGAAUACUAUUUGAAUUAUUAUCAUCACGAGAAGGUCGAUAAUCAUAGUUCAGAUCUUGGUUACCAUGGAAGCUAUGAAACAGGUUCAUCAUCAUCGCCUUCAUCGCAAAUGUCCACACGUCAUUCGCAUAUGGUGAAUCAACUACCGGAUUUCGUUACCAAAUGUAAAAGUGUCAAUGGAGGAUUUUUGGUGGAAAUGAAUGUUGAUGGAAGUGAUGAAGAUCGAAGAUGA